AUGGAAGAUGACGUGAUUCAGGUUCCAAGUGGGAAGGACACUGGGGACAUGUACAACAAGACUAUUAUGGGGCUACAAAAGGCUCUCACGAAGGAGGACACUACUGCUGUAGAAAAGCCGACCAAUCCUGGCGAUAAUAUCAAAGCUGGCGGUAGCAAGUCCGAGUCUGAUACAGAUGUGGAUGAAGAUCCAGAAGGAAAUGAGUCGGCUUCCGAAACUGAGGUGCAGGCUCCUGUUGACAAGAAGGCUGCUAGGAAGGAGAACAAAAAGGAGGUCAAAGAGGAAAAAAGGGAAGCGAGGGCGAGGUCGCCAAGCCGUGAAGAGAAGAAAGAAGGGAGAGAUUGGCCAAAGCCCACAAGACUAAGUAGUCGUUGCUAG